CCAUGGUUACAACGUGUGGCGGGACCCGAUGAAACCCACUCAGAUCCUGGCGAAGCUUUGUAAGGACGGGAAGCUGGACGGACCUCACUACGGCCCGGCGGGACGCGUGAAGGUGGAGAACCGAGUGUUCAUGGCCCCCACCGAGAUAGAGGAUGAGAACGGUUUGAAGCGACAGACGGAUGAACAUCUGGCUCUCACCGUGUUGAAGCACUGGGAGGAAAUCCCAAAGGCCGGCUGCAAAUUGGUCCCAGAACACGUGGAAACCAGACCGCUGCUGCACCCCGACAAGCCUGGCAUCGAACAGGGAAGGAUUGAGAUGUGGGUGGACAUGUUCCCUAAAGAUAUGACGGCACCCGGUCCUGCGCUCGAUAUCUCACCCAGGAGACCAAAGAAGUUUGAGCUGAGGGUGAUCGUCUGGAACACAGAUGAAGUCGUUCUGGAGGACGAUGAUAUCUUCACCGGAGAGAAAUCGAGUGACAUCUUUGUCCGAGGCUGGUUGAAAGGGCAGCAGGAGGACAAGCAGGACACAGACGUCCACUACCACUCCAUCACCGGGGAGGGAAACUUCAACUGGCGCUACGUCUACCCCUUCGACUACCUCAUGGCCGAGGAGAAGAUCGUCAUCUCGAAAAAAGAGUCCAUGUUCGCCUGGGACGAGACCGAGUACAAGAUCCCCGCUCGACUCAACCUGCAAGUGUGGGACGCCGACCAUUUCUCUGCGGACGACUUCUUAGGUGCAAUUGAGCUGGACCUGAACCGUUUUCCACGCGGUGCAAAGACAGCCAAGCAGUGCACCCUCGAGAUGGUGACCAAUCAAGGCGAGAUGCCCUCAAUAUCCAUCUUCAAGCAGAAGAGGAUCAAAGGCUGGUGGCCGUUUGUGGCGAGAAAUGAAGACGACGAGUUUGAACUUACGGGGAAAGUGGAAGCAGAGCUGCACCUCCUGACAGGAGAGGAGGCCGAAAGGAGCCCAGUGGGAGAAGGACGAAACGAACCGGACCCCAUGGAGAAACCCAA